UUCCUACUGAAGUAAGCUAGUUGCCUCUCCUUAGUAAAGCUACUUCAUUUGACUGUGUAAUUCUCAGAAAAACGAUCGGUGGAUAUGAUGAUGGAAGGUGAAGGUAGUAGUAGCAGCAAGAAGAGAGGAGUUCAAAAUCAUGAAGAUGGCUUCAUUAAUACCCUCUUUUCUUGGUCUCUUGAUGACAUUUGUAAUGAAAAUCUUUUCAGUCAUAAGGUGGAAAAAAUUCCUGAAUCAUUUGUGUCUGUCACACAGUAUUUCGGAUCAUUUGUUUAUCCUUUGUUGGAAGAAACACGAGCACAACUGUUUUCACCCAUGGAGACCAUUUCAAGAGCACCUUAUGCUAAGGUGGAUGUUUUUAGGCCCCACGGAUCUGACUUACAUGAUGUUAAGAUUGAUUACUGGAGGAACAGGUUCAGUAACAAUGGUAAAGAGCCUUAUAAAACUUUGCCGGGGGAUAUUUUAAUUUUAGCAGAUGCGAAACCUGAAACUAUUUCCGACUUGGAGAGGGCUGGUAGAAUGUGGUCUUUUCUAUCAGUCAUGACAAUCGCAGGGGAUGAUGAUGAAAAUGAUAAUGAUACCACUUCUACUUACUUUAAAGUGAAGGCUUCAAAAAGCAUCCAACAGUUUGAUGGGGAGAAAUCAUUGUUUGUGAUUUUCUUGACAAAUAUUACUCCUGACAGAAGAAUAUGGAAAUCCUUGAAUAUGUCUGGAAAUUUGAAGAUUAUCAACGAAGUUUUAUGCAGGAAUUCUGUGUUGAAGGAAAGCUGCCAAGAGUGUUCUGAACCGAAUGGAGGCAUCUUAUAUGAGAAAUUUGUUAGCGGUUUAUCAUCAACAUUAAAUGACUCACAAUUGAAUGCAGUUCUUGCCUGUCUUGAUGGAGUGCGUUGUGAUCACAAGUCCUCUGUGCAACUUAUAUGGGGUCCCCCUGGAACAGGGAAAACUAAAGCUGUUAGUGUGCUUAUCUUUACGCUGUUGAAAACAAAAUGCAGAACCCUUACUUGUGCCCCGACGAAUGUUGCAAUAACAGAAGUUGCUUCUCGCGUUCUGAAGCUGCUGAAAGAAUCGAUUAAAACUGAUGACUGUGGAAGUGAGACUCUGUUGCUUCCUCUUGGAGAUAUUCUCUUGUUUGGGAGUAAGGAAAGACUCAAAGUUGGUCAAGAAAUAGAAGAAAUAUAUUUGGAUUAUCGUGUUAAAAGGCUUUCAGAGUGUUUUGGUAUGCUGACUGGCUGGAGGCAUUGCUUCUCAUCCAUGAUGGAUUUGCUUGAAGAUUGUGUUUCUCAGUAUCACAUUUUCUUGGAGAAUAAAUUGAUAAAGAAGAGAGAAAGCAUUGACAAAAAUGAAGUCAAAGAGAGCUACAGGAAUAUGGAAAUGGAAGGUGACAAUGAGGAGUUUAAAUCAUUUCUUGAAUUUGUGAGACAUAGAUUUAAACAUACUGCCAGUCCUCUUAGAAAUUGUAUAUUUAUCUUCUGCACUCAUAUACCCAAAAGUUUCAUUUUGGAAAGUAAUUUUCAAAAUAUGGUAGAUCUUAUCAGUUUACUUGAUUCUUUCGGAACUUUGUUGUUUCAAGAAAAUGUAGUUUCUGACGAGCUGCAAGAGCUCUUUUCACAUUCAGUAGUUGAAGAGUUUUUUUCAUCACCUGGGCAUAGAAAUUACUUGUUGCAGAAAAGUAGAGGUGAAUGCCACACAGUUUUAAGAAAUCUUCAUGAUUCCUUUAGUAAACUUGAGUUUCCAAGUGGUAUGAACAAAGAUUCAUUAAAAGAUUUCUGCUUUAAAACAGCUUCUGUAAUAUUUUGCACUGCUUCUAGUUCAUUUAAGCUGCAUUAUGUGGACAUGGAACCACUGAACUUUCUGGUCAUUGAUGAAGCGGCACAACUAAAAGAAAGUGAGUCGGCAAUACCGCUGCAACUGUUCGGCUUAAAUCAUACUAUUCUCAUUGGGGAUGAGUGCCAAUUGCCAGCAAUGGUUAAAAGCAAGGUUUCUGAUGAAGCUUCUUUCGGGAGAAGCUUAUUUGAGAGGCUGAGCUCAUUGGGUCACUCUAAACACCUGCUCAAUACACAGUAUCGGAUGCACCCCUCAAUUAGCUACUUCCCAAAUUCAUAUUUUUAUAACAACCAGAUUUGCGAUUCUCCUAAUGUUAAAAGAAAAAGCUACGAAAAAGUCUUUUUGCCAAGAUCUCCAAUAUUCCGUCCAUAUUCUUUCAUCAAUAUUCUCGAAGGGAGAGAAGAGUUCAUUGGCCAUAGCUCGAGAAAUAUGGUUGAGGUAGCUGUUGUGAUGAAAAUAUUGCAGAACCUGUACAAAGAUUGGAAUGACUCAAAACAGAAGCUGAGCAUUGGCAUAGUCUCACCUUACAGUGCUCAAGUACAAGCAAUUAAAAAAAAACUUGGAGGCAAGUAUGAUGACUCUGAUGACUUCACUGUAAAAGUGAAGUCAAUUGAUGGGUUUCAAGGUGGUGAGGAGGACAUUAUUAUAAUUUCCACUGUGAGAAGCAACAAAAGUGGAUCCAUUGGAUUCUUGUCCAAGCCACAGAGAAUCAAUGUUGCGCUUACGAGGGCCAGGCACUGUUUAUGGAUUUUAGGGAAUGAAAGAACCUUAACUCAUGGUAAAUCUAUUUGGAAAAUCUUAAUCAAUGAUGCUAAGGACCGCUGUUGUUUCUUUAAUGCUGAUGAAGAUAAGGAUUUGGCCAAAGCUAUAUUAGAGGCCAAAAAAGAGCUUAAUGAAUUGGAUAAGGACAGUAAGGAGGCAUUGCAAGUUCAUCUAGCCUCUGGUUCCCAGUGGCCAGAAAAAUCUCAGAAGAUUGAAAACAAGGGGAAGGGAAAGAAAAAGCCUAAGAGAAAGAACAAGCAAAAUGAAUUCUGGCAACAGAAAGAUGCAGAUGAUGAAAAGAGCAUUUUGUUGAAUGCCCCAGCAGUUGAGUUGGAUGUUCACUUGAAUAAACUAUUCUUGCAGCAGAAUAGGAGUACUAAAGGCAAUGCAACAGAGGCAGGAUCAGAAGAGAAAUUGGAUAAGGACAGUAAGGAGGCAUUGCAAGUUCAUCUAGCCUCUGGUUCCCAGUGGCCAGAAAAUUCUGAGAAGAUUGAAAACAAGGGGAAGGGAAAGAAAAAGCCUAAGAGAAAGAACAAGCGAAAUGAAUUCUGGCAACAGAAAGAUGCAGAUGAUGAAAAGAGCAUUUUGUUGAAUGCCCCAGCGGUUGAGCAGAAUAGGAGUACUAAAGGCAACGCAACAGAGGCAGGAUCAGAAGAGAAAUUGGAUAAGGACAGUAAGGUGGCAUUGCAAGUUCAUCUAGCCUCUUGUUCCCAGUGGCCAGAAAAUUCUCAGAAGAUUGAAAACAAGGGGAAGGGAAAGAAAAAGCCUAAGAGAAAGAACAAGCGAAAUGAAUUCUGGCAACAGAAAGAUGCAGAUGAUGAAAAGAUCAUUUUGUUGAAUGCCCCAGCAGUUGAGUUGGAUGUUCACUUGAAUAAACUAUUCUUGCAGCAGAAUAGGAGUACUAAAGGCGACGCAACAGAGGCAGGAUCAGAAGAGAAAUUGGAUAAGGACAGUAAGGAGGCAUUGCAAGUUCAUCUAGCCUCUGGUUCCCAGUGGCCAGAAAAAUCUCAGAAGAUUGAAAACAAGGGGAAGGGAAAGAAAAAGCCUAAGAGAAAGAACAAGCGAAAUGUUUUGUUUCACAGAAUUCUGGCAACAGAAAGAUACGCAAAUGAUGAUGAAAUUCAAUCAUGACAGCACUCUUUAUAAUAAAAAAUUCAAUACACACUCAAUGAAUUGAGCCCUAGAGGGAGAUGAAAGAGUCUCCCGCAUCUGUCAUACUAAUGGCGGAUUGUUUCAUUUCCCUGUGAUUUGUUGGUGGACUCACAGGCUUCCAUUUGUCUCUCAUCGGCACAAAUCAGGUUGGUUGUUUUUCCUUGUUUUUAUAUCAUUUGGUCAUAACAUGAGAUUAUUUUUGGUUACUGUUUAGUUGCUAAGUGAAAUGAACUUUAAUUUUCCCUGUAUCUGUGGCAAAAAUGUUUAUGAUAGGAUUCAAGUCUUGAUCCACUAAGUUUGUGCAGACAAGAUGCUAUUGCUAAUAAUUCAUUUAAUAUGAAACAGAUAUCCUGUGCUUCCA